GGCAAGUGCCUGGUGGUGUGCGACUCCAGCCCGUCGGCGGACGGCGCCGUCACCUCCUCCCUGGGCAUCUCCGUGCGCUCUGGCAGCGCCAAGGUGGCCUUCUCCGCCACGCGGAGCACCAACCACGAACCCUCCGAGAUGAGCAACCGCACCAUGACCAUCUACUUCGACCAGGUGUUAGUAAAUAUUGGCAACCAUUUUGAUCUUGCUUCCAGUAUAUUUGUAGCACCAAGAAAAGGGAUUUAUAGCUUCAGCUUCCACGUGGUCAAAGUGUAUAACAGACAAACCAUCCAGGUCAGUUUAAUGCAGAACGGCUACCCAGUGAUCUCGGCGUUUGCAGGAGACCAGGACGUUACCAGGGAAGCUGCCAGCAAUGGCGUCUUGCUGCUCAUGGAAAGGGAAGACAAAGUGCAUCUGAAGCUGGAAAGGGGCAACCUGAUGGGGGGCUGGAAGUACUCCACGUUCUCGGGCUUCUUGGUUUUUCCUCUAUAAACACGGCCCCGCUCGGAUGAUGGGGAAGUUGCUAUCUGGACCCAGGAAUCCACCCUACCUAACACCCUGAACUUGCCCGAACAGGACAACUUCUUUCCAACCUCUGUCAGACUGUUGCGGUAGAAGAAUGACUUCCUUCUCAUUCUCCGGUAUUUUCUUGGCAUAUUGACAAUUCCUCGGGAACCUGGCCUCUAAUUAGUUUUAGACGACAAGGUCUUAAGGAGAAAUGAAAUGAUUGAUUUGAGCAAUUUGUACCUGUGAUUGUAAAGUCAAUAUCGGAUUUUAUUGUUGGGACCACUGGCGGACCCUCUUUUGUUUGUUCGUUGUAUUGUUGUCGCAAUGCAAGGAGUGCCGCUGCUGACCCAGGAUGGUCUGCAGGGUGCAGUCGGGGCUCAGAGCCGGAGCCCAGCAGAGACCACCCGCCGGACAGCCCUUGACAUGUGUUCUGUGUGUGUCUGUAUAGCCUUAAGGAAAAGAAUGGCUUCGCUUUCAUUCUGUGUGUUCCCCCGGGUGGACGGGAGGACCUGGGAGGGGGAGGGGACAUUGUGAACCUGUCAAGAAGUGCUUUAUCCAGAGAAGCAAAAUUUGCACGAUCAGA